UACAUUGGUAAGUCAGUCCAUCCGCACGGAAUAUACUUACGUUCACUCUAUACGUGCGCGUCGAUUGGCCAUAGAGAAUGAGUAUUACUCUUGUAUUCAGAUAGCAUAAUGAUUACGUGCGAAGACUAAACUUACCUGCAUUUCAAUGGAUAUAACCCCAUGAUUUCAAUUUUUGAAGUCGUUAUUGGAUAACUAUUCCGUAAUUUACAAUCCAUGCCACGGAUUUCAUUGGAAUAAUACACUUUAGGUGCUAGUUCAGAUGCUGGAAAAAUGAUUUCAAAGUGGAUUGUCGUUUUCACGUGCACCGUUUUGAUCCUGUCGAUCGUGUACUCAGCGACGGGACUACCCCUCAACAAAGUUGGCCCACCCCGGCUUGAAACGGAAAGCUCAACACUCCUCAUAUCUCAAAAUAAUACACUCCAACUCAGCUGUCAUGGAGGUUUUAGACUGGACUGGAUUUAUCCAUAUGAGAUAGAAAGGACUAGAAUAUCAAUUGAGCAGGAGCAUUGCUCAGCGUGUAGUCCCAAAAGACACAGAAGUGUACUUACCAUAGCAAGUGCAGAUGUUGGUGACACUGGAAAAUAUCAGUGCUUAUACAAGAAAUAUGAUACGAAAAUUAAUAAUGAGACAUCUGCAAAAGUUUAUGUUUAUAUUAGCUCACCAGAGCACUUAUUUGUGCCACCAGAAUGGACACAAAACAAUAUUUACCGUGGGCAGCCAUUUGUCCUGCCCUGUCGGACAACUAGCCCCAACCUCAAUGUGACUUUGGUGCAACGUGGCACCGGAAGGGAUAUCACGGAUCAUCGUUACCAUAGAUACGACCCUAAGAAGGGCUUUCAUAUCUCAGCUAAUCAUCAUGAAUUAGAUGGUCAUGUUUGCUGUAAGGCCCAAAAUGGAGAACACAUUGACAGAUCAUGUUUCAAUCUUAACUUUCAAGAGCAAGCACCAGUGUUGGAGCCUCGAGUAUCUAUCAGCACUACUGAGGUUCUUGAGGGUUGGGAAGGGUUCAGUGUAAGCUGUGAGGUCUCGGCACCUGCUGAUAGUCUACUGGACGACCUAUCUUGGGAUUACCCUGCUGAGAUGAUUGCAGAGCGUCAAGAUAGCAACUACAAGAUAGUGACUGAUGGGAGCACGGAAUCAGUAAGAGGUUCUAGCUUGGCAAUGCAGAAGUAUGUGAGUACUCUUAAUGUGGUACGUGCUCACAGCUAUGACAAUGGAACGUAUGUCUGCAUCGCUACAAACUUCUGGGAUAGCUACUUUGCUGAGGCAUCUAUCAAUGUCAUAGGGGUAACACAUCUGAAGAGAAUUGGUCCUCCUAGGAUCAGAAGCAACACCACAGAGAGAUUCCUUCGCGAGAAUUCUACUCUAGAGAUCCGCUGCACUGGAGGUGUAGCUCUAGAAUGGAUCUAUCCUGAAGCUGUCAGGUCAAGGGUUAGUUUGGGCUCUCAGGCCUGUCCAACAUGUGAUAGCAAUGCCCACUUCACCAGUACGCUGACCGUCCGAAGUGCUAGACCACAGGAUAGUGGUCAGUUCCAAUGUAUCUACAGCCGUUAUGUGGAUCAUAUUAAUAAUGCCACAGCAGCAGAAAUCAACAUCUUUGUAGCAGCAGAUAAUGCUCAGUUACAUAGUAAAGGUCCUCCCAUCAUCCAUGUCAACAACUCCCAUAUCAUACAAAACGAGUACCAGAACCUGGAACUCCGCUGCACUGGGUCCUCAACAAUAGACUGGUCCUGGCCUCAGGAUGCCACUGAGCGAGUAGAACAAAGAUCCAUUGAAUGUCCUACCUGUCCUGUGGCCUUACAAUCUACCAGCACCCUGAAAGUAUCCAAUGCCAGUUACAAAGAUACUGGUUUCUAUCGAUGCUUCUACUCACGAUUCUCAGACAGACUCACGCCAGAGACAAGCGCAGAGGUUUAUGCCUAUAUCACAUCUGAUGUUGAUGCCAUGAAGCUGUUUACCAUCAAUGGUUGGUAUUACUGGGCCAAAAUCAUCACUGGCUCAUCCUACACCAUCCCAUGUACCGUGACUGAUCCUCGUAUCAACGUCACUCUAGAGUACGGCAAUGAGAUCUUAUCAGAAGAGGGAUCUGUGAUCACCUACGAUCCUAGAGUAGGCUUCAAAGUACCUGGUGACUAUAAGCACACCCAGUAUAACGAUAAUCUCAUCUGCAAGGCCAGGAAAGGCAACCUUACACAGAUCAAGAAAAUCCUUCUCAACUUUGAACCAAAGGCACCUGUCCCAGCUCCGCAGAUCCAAGGUCCCAUCGAGCAGGUCAAAGGUUAUACAUUCAAUGUUACCUGCAAUGUAGAAUCACCCCUUGGAAUCCAGAUCAGGUGGAAAUGGGACUAUCCAGGUCUUCAUAACCCCAACGCUAAUCCCAAUAAUUAUCGGACUGAGAAAAGUUCCCGAGAACUGCAGGCAGAGGUUGGAGAUUCUACGCGUGCCUUCAGGAGAUUCAAGGGGACGCUGACUGUCUUUCAAGCCAGUCCAAUAGACAAUGGUACCUACACCUGUACUGUCAUUAAUAACAAUGGCAAUGGAAGCACCACACAUGCUGUUAGCAUAUUAGACCAAGGCUAUAUUCACAUGGAGCCACUGAAAGGUGAGUUGAUGCAGCUAGUAAGCGGUGAGGAACAUGCUAAAGAUCGUGAUCGGAUCAUGGUACAUCUGAAGUACUUCCCCAACGCUGACUUCACCUGGUUCAAAGAUGGCAUCGAGGUGGACGCUCUUGAUCAAUAUCUCUUCAAGAGUCGUAUCAAGCAGGAUGUUGCUCAGGUCAAGCUGCUCAACAUCAAUGCUCAACAUGCAGGGAAUUACACCCUGAUCGGAGACAAUGGAGAUGUCCAGGAGAGUGUUACCAUCAGAGUAGUUGUUCAUGAUGUUGAAGAAGGCUUGACCAUCGAAGGGCAAGAAGAGACCACUAUCGUUGAAGAAAAAGGAAAUCUAACACUUCAUUGUAAGAGCAGCUCACAUAUCUUUGACAACAUCAAGUGGCUUGUCGUAAGAAGCCAUGGAUCCACCAAUGAGAGCAGACUGCUACGACCUCGAGAGGAACGUGUGACCAUCACCUCUUACUCCGAUGGUGAUUUCAAUGUAACCCAGCUUCACAUCCAGGACAUGGGGCGUUCUGAUGAUGGGAUCUAUAUCUGUCUGGCUCACAGUGUCCUGGAUAGUAGAGAUACCAAGGAGGUUGAGGCUGCAGUACAAGUACAAGCUAUCAGAGUUCCUGAGAUGAUAAUGGGAUUGGAGACAGAAGAGAUUAAUAAGAGCCUGAAGGAUUUCACUCUUGAGUGUGAGGCAUCUGGUUUCCCUACCCCUAAGAUCACAUGGUUUAAGGAUGGUAGCAAACUUGAGAUAAAGGACAGUAUUGUGGUGCUACCUAAUGAUCAUGCUGUGUCUACACUGAGAAGGACCCGGAUUAACAUGGUAGAUAGUGGACUCUACUGCUGUGUGGCCAGCAAUGCAGGAGGGCAGGUCAACAGUUCAGCAGUCAUCAUUAUAUUAGAGGAACCAUACAUGAGAGUGAAAGAGGAUGUCAAAUUGGUUGCCAUGGGAGGCACAGCAAACAUAACCUGUCAUGAUGGAGGCAACCCCAAGCCUACCAUUGUUUGGUAUCACCAACCUAAAGACCAAGCCAGUGAAAUGCGCAUCCUACCAGCACAGAUGUACAACAGCACUGAGGGUGUCUUGGUGCUCCAUGAUGUGCAGAAAGAUCAGCAGGGUACUUACCUGUGCAAUGCAACCAACAGACUGGGUAGUAGCACCCGUACUGUCAGUAUCAAACUAGAUAUGCCUCGCCCCAUAUUAGGGCCUGGUGAUGUCAAGAGAAAUACCGCCCUCGGUGUUGUCUUUGUGCUUCUUCUUGUUGUCGUUGCUCUCAUCAUUGUCAUCUUCAAGAUCAAAAAGCUAAGACCGAAGUACAUUGCUGGUGGAGAUGAUAUGUUGCUACCUAUCUCAUUUGGACAGUACAAUGAUCUUUUAGACAUAUGUGAACAUCUCCCCUAUGAUUCCAAAUGGGAGUUCCCUAGAGAGAGGCUCAAAAUAGGUCCCGUGAUUGGUCGAGGAGCUUUUGGUCGUGUGAUGAGAUCUUCAGCGUUUGGCAUUGACAAGGUCGAUACAUGUACCACAGUGGCUGUCAAGAUGUUGAAAGAGGAUGCUUCUGAUAGUGAAAGGAAAGCUUUGUUAACUGAACUUAAGAUGCUGAUACACAUUGGACCACAUCUCAACAUUGUUAACCUGCUUGGAGCAUGCACUAAGAAAGAUCUAUUCGUCAUCUCUGAGUUCUGCCCAUUUGGCAAUCUGUCAGACUAUCUCAAGACCAAGCGUAAGAACUACGUUGCAGAGCCAGACCUGCUUGCCAUUGCUUGCAUGGGGCCAGUAGACAGGAGCUCGCGAGGUAGCAGCCGUGGAGGAGGAGAUGGUUUCAUGGGAGCUAGAGGGGGAUCCACCUUGGAGGUUGGAGAUGAUGAUGUCUUUGAGUACAUGGAGAAGGAGCAGCCGCUGACUCUCAAGGAUCUUAUCUGCUACUCAUACCAGGUUGCUAGGGGCAUGGAGUUCUUGACUUCUAAGAAGUGUAUUCACCGUGACUUAGCAGCCAGAAAUGUCCUCCUAGCAGAGAAUAAUAUCGUCAAAAUCUGUGAUUUUGGUCUAGCCCGAGACAUCUACUCAGAUCCUGACUAUGUAACACAAACAGGGGGAAGACUUCCUAUCAAGUGGAUGGCUCCUGAAUCUAUCUUUGACAAGGUCUUCACAAUCUACAGUGAUGUGUGGUCUUUUGGAGUGUUUAUGUGGGAAUGCUUUGCUCUGGGUGGCUCUCCAUACCCUGGUGUUGUGGUUGAUGAAGAGUUCUACAAUCGUCUCAAGAGUGGAUAUAGAAUGUACACUCCUGAUUAUGCACCAAUUGAAAUUUAUCACGUCAUGUUGGAUUGCUGGCACACAGAACCCAAGGAAAGACCUCACUUCAGUGAGUUGGUUCAUAAGCUUGGAGAUCAACUAGCAGCUAAUGUCAAGCAGGAGUACCUUGAUCUUGAUUGUGCAUAUGAUGAGCAGGUAGCAUCAAGACCGAUAUCAUUCUACAAUGAGGACGAAGAAGAAGAUGCAUCCACAUCACAUGACGGUCAGGUGACCUUGGGAGAGGAUGCCCUUCAGGUGGAAGCAGAUAUCUCAUUACCAAGUACUUCAGGUUAUCAGCCCAACCAUCCAAGUACAUCAUCUACCUUCCAGCUUGAGGAUGAGAGACCAGUCUGUGCCAGCUUAGAGGGAAGGACAGUAUCAUCCAUCCAUGCUAGCCUCACGGACAUCUCAUCAUCAGAACCCUGUGAUGAGGAGGAUGAUACGGGAGGAGAAUCCACAAAGUCGUCAACGACAUCAGCAAGGUUACCGUUGCACAGACCUAACAGUUUGUCGGCACUGGACAGCCUUCAGCAGACAAUGACCAACCCAGUCUUCCAUCAUCAUCAUCACCACCAUCACUCAUCUAACCAUCAUCAUCAUCAUAACCAUGGCAAUAACAGCACCAGUAAGAGUGAAGAAUCAGUGUCAUCAGACUCAUCUAGUGGGUUCAGAUCAGGUGGCUAUGGGUCAGACGUCAAUGAUGAACCUCCUCCAGAAUACAGUAAAGUCAUGCAAGUGGCACUGCACAAAGAAACUUCACUGUUUUGGCCAAGAGGUACCAAUGGACAGUGAUAUAUAAACUAUCACAGAGUAAUGACAUUGAAUGGAAAGAGAGACAGACAGUCAGAGCUCACCAUCAUAGACCUUUAACUGUAGUGACACUAGAUCUGGAGAGAUUUGACACGAUGUCAGUGAUAUGCAAAGCAUCAGUUCUUUUAUCUUUUGAACCCAGAAGACUUGGAACAUCAUUAUUUGUAAAGGUUGGUAAUACAUAUGAUCAAUUCUUCCCGUAACAGUAACCAGAAAGAAUAAUGACAUGGAUUAAAAAUUCUUUAAAAGAGCAAUAACUAGAAAAGAGAUUGUAAGAAGGUGCCUUUAUUUUGACACGAUAGGAGGUGAGUUUAUUAUUGUAUAUUGGUCGGUGUAUCUUCUAUUAUCCUGUGUAUUAUUGUGUACAAAAUGUGAAUGCUGUAUCUAUUUGUGUAUAUACCUCAUUAAUGUGUCUCAGUUCGGUACUCCUGUAUUGGAGAGAGCAACUGAGAGAGAGAGAGAGAGACAGAGAGACAGAGAGAGAGACAGAGAGAGAGAGACAGAGACAAAGAAAGAGAGAUAGAGAGAGAGAGAGAGAGAAAGAGAGAGAAAAAAGAGAAAGAGAGAGAGAGAGAGAGAGCGUGUGUUAGACUGUAAAAGUGAGAAAAACAGAUGUCAGGUGAGAAAGAGAGAAAUAAGAAAUUAAAUAUUAUAAAUUUUCAUCAAACAUGUGCUACAUGCCGGAAGGAAUUAUACAAAAAUGGUGCUACUGUUAUAUUAUAGUUAUAUUUGCCUUACACUGGACUGCCUAGAUAAAAAGAAAUAACUAGAAAAAUAAUAAAUGCCAUUUAAUGUUACCAGAGUACAUGGCUUGUUAGACUUUUGAUUUCUCUCAAAAUAAUGUAGGUGAUUAUGAUUAGAGAUUGUAGUUUUCCCUUUAAUCAUGGAAAUUUAUUUGAUUAAUAUCAUUUUCGAUAUCUUGUUCACACCCUAAAACAAUCUAAGAAUCAUGAAAUUGAUUGAAUAUUAUGUGAGAUACAUGGAAAAUGUGGUUUUAUUCAUUUAAUAUUUAAAUUAUUGAUGGAUACUUCAAUAAAGCUAAUAACACAUUUGUGGAAAUAUUACUUCUGGUAAUUUUUAAUUAAGAAUAAUUCAUUUAAUAUUAAAUCAUCUCUAAAUAACUGGCAUGGUGAUAAUAUUACUUUUAAGAAUACCAAACGCCAAAUUUUAAUUACUAAAAUGUUAAUUAGACCAAUCCUAUGAAUUAAUAGUGCAUGUUUUAUUCUUUUUUAUAUAUUAGAAAUAUGUGCAUGAUUUUCAUGCUAUCGAUAAUUUGUCUGUGCUAUACUAGUUGAAAGAGAAUUUCCAAUUUCCAAUCUUACAGAUUGAAGUUGUGAAUUUCUUGAUAUGCUUUAGAGAGUUUGAAUUGAGGGGAUUUCCCUUAUUAUCUGGUAAAGGGAAUUCCCCUAUUACCCGGUAGUGUAACCGUAUACAUAGCCAGAAGUUUAACAUGUGUAAAUAUUUAUGUAGUAUUAAACAAGUGUAAUGUAGUAGUACACUUUAGUAUUCAGACUAGUAAUAUCUGUCACACAAAUAUGGAAUGUAAUGUAUGUCUAUGUAUAUAUGUGAAACUCUGUUUACUAUGAUAAAUCCAGAUUUCUGUGUCUUGUGUUUUUGCCAUGUCUAAAUUUAUUCAUUGUAAAUAGAAGCUUUUAUGUUUACUUUGCGAAGGAGAAGGCUUGCAUCAUGGAUAAUCAUUUUAAAGAGCUGACAGAAUCAGCAAUACCUUUUAAAUUGGCAACACCAUUUUCUUAUUCUUUCAUUGUACAAAUUUAUCUCAGAUAUCAUUAUCUUGUAUUGAAAUUGAAUUGUAAUACAUGAUAUUGACUAAUACAGAAACCCUGCUUGUUGGUUAAAUAUAGCAGUAUAGAUUUUGCAUUUGAUUAUGCUUUGCCAAUUUAAGGAUGAGGUUGAAGCACAUAUCUGAUAGAUGUAUUCAUGUAUACCAGAGAUAUUAAUCUCUGUCAUCUUACUGCCAUCCAUAUCACAUCUUGCCUAUCUUCAAUGCUCCUCAUUACAAGUUUAACGAAAAGAAUUUCAUAAAAAACAAAUUUUAUUUCUUCCAAGUUAUGACAAUUCUUUUUAUGUUUUAGAUAUAUUCCCAAACUGACAAGGCUGAAAGUUCCAUAGGUCACAACCCACCAGUUUUAGUGUUAUAUUUGUUAUCCAUCGAUUCCAUUUACCACUGUAUCAUGUCCAUCUUUGAUAUUUCAUGUGAACUUUGUAAGAUUAUAUUUGUGCUGCAUUCAAUAUUUGCCUCAGAAACCGAUAGAGAUAAUUGUUUUUCCAAAUAUUUGUGACCUAACCUGUCUUGUAUUUAAAGAAAAGCUGCACAGGUAAAUAAAUCAAACAAAUAUGAACUUCAACAUGUGUCAAAGAAUUGCACUUUUGGAAAAGAAAAAAAAUUAAUGUAUUUUAUGUUCAUCCUACUAAUAUAUUCAGUGUAAGCCGAAGGCAGACUCAAAUAUCUAUGUGCCAAAAUGUUGUUUUGUGGAAAAUGGUGCUAUUACCCUUACCCUAAGUGCAAUUAUUUUCCCUUAAAUUCCCAUUUCAUGUUCUUAAAGGGUUAUAUACCAAUUCCAAUUUAUGCAAUAUUAGUUGUUCUCUUUUGCUAUUAAUGUUUCAUUCUGUUAAGUCAUCAUUUGUUGGGCCAGUAAUCUUUACCAUGGUUGUUUAUAUUUUGAUUAUGUUGGAAAUAUGAAUAAAAUUAUUCUUAUUGUGAUGAAAAAAUUCUGUUGUUAUAUUUUGCAAAUGUUAUUUGGCCUUUGACCUGUAGAUCUCAUUCUCACUAGCAGAGUCUUUUAAUGAAAGUAUACCUUCAUUAGCCUAAUUACUUGUGCAUUCAAUUCAUGGUAGUAUUGAAAAGGAUGGAAUUUUCUAAUUAUACUAAUGCAAUUUAAUUGUGAAAGGCAAGAAAGAGGUUUGAUACUUUUGAUUUGAGUUAUAGACUUCCCUCUUUCUCCAUUGUAUAUGAUGUGAAUAGAAGGCAUAACAAUAUUAUAAAUUGUAAAUAGAUCAUAUUCUUUUAUUGUUUCCUCUUGUUUGACAGUAUUUUAACAUAUGUAUGCCACUAUUGCUUACCUCGAAUUUUGACAAGUCAUCUUUAUUAUUGCCAUGCUUGAAUGAGUUUCAUGAGUUCUGACUGUAGAAUCUUUCUAUGCUGCUAUGGUGGUCACAUACAUUGAAUAUAAUUUUAUAUCAGGAGCUUACAACUAUUCCCUAUCUUUCUAUGAUACCUUGGCCUUGAUUGUCAGCAAAAUUGGAAAAUUGAAAGAAAGUUUUUAUAUUUUCAGUCCCAGCAAAUCAUCUGAAAAGGAAUAUUAAUUUGAGAUAUUUUCAGUUCCAGCAAAUUAUCCAGAAAGAAAUAUUAAUUUAAGAUAAAGCUCAUGAAGUAUAUAAUAGCAAACAAAGUUAACUACAUAAUGUUUUUUUAAUUACUGUUUUGUGUUUGCGAUUUUCUGUUUGUUACUCAUUAGAAUUCCUGAUUACAUUUCGAGAUGUCUUGUCCAUUAAGAUAUGACCAUUAUCAAUAAAAGAUUUUUAUUUUGAUACAUUACA